UCAAACACUCAUUCACAAUGAUACUACUAUUAUCCAUAGCUCUCCCAAUAAUCUUGAUUUUCUACAUCCUCCACAAAACCAAACCUCAGACAGUAACCACUCUACCACCUGGCCCGCCGCCUCUGCCGUUGAUUGGAAACUUCCACCAGCUCGGCAAGGCGGCAGAGCCACACAUCUACCUCCACCAACUCUCAAAAAAAUACGGCCCCAUAAUCCACAUGAAACUAGCCUCUAGACCUCUCCUAGUAAUUUCCUCAGCCAAAUUAGCCAAACAAGUACUUAAAAUUCAAGAUUUGGCAUUUUGCAGUAGACCUAAUUACCUAGGGCAGCAAAAACUCUCCUACAACAGCUCCGACGUCGCCUUCACACCUUACAACGAAGAUUGGAAGGAGAUAAGAAAGAUGACACACAUUCAUCUCUUCAGCAGCAAAAGGAUUCAAUCUUAUCGCCCUGUCCGCGAACAAGAGAUCUCUCGCAUGAUCACGGGGAUCUCUUCUUCAGCCUCCGGGGAAGUGAAUUUGAACGAGGUGGUCAUGUCCACCGGCAUCCAUAUCCUGUGUGGGAUCACUUUUGGGAAGAGGCUAUACUCGGAGGAAUGGUCGGAUACGAAGAGGUUCCUUCAGUUUCUGAAGGGAUUCGAUGUGUUGGCGACCUCUUUCUUCGUGUCUGAUUACUUUCCCAUGUUUGGUUUGGUGGAUUGGAUUAGUGGAAAACUGAAGAGGGCUGAGUCGAUAUUUAAGGGUAUGGAUUCGUUCUAUCACGAGCGCAUCGAUGAGCAUCUCGAAUCGAGGAGGGUGAAGGAGGUCAAAGAGGUUGAAGAUAUGGUUGCUGUGUUGAUGAAGCUCAAAAAUGAUGAUGAGUCUUCUUCAAGUGGUAUCACUCUGAAAAACAUCAAAGCCCUUCUAAUGAAUAUGAUCGUAGCUUCAGCAGAAACAACUCCAGCUGCAGUUGUCUGGACAAUGACAGCUCUAAUUAAAGCACCCAAAGUUCUGGAAAAACUUAAAAACGAAAUCAGAAGUUUGGUAGGAGAAAAGGGCCAAGUAGAUGAAGAUGAUUUGCCGAAACUUCCAUAUCUAAAAGCGGUAAUAAACGAGGGUUUGAGGUUAUACCCUCCAGUUCCACUUCUUAUACCGAGAGAAUCAAUAGAGACAAGCAAUCUAGAUGGCUAUGAAAUCCCGCCGAAAACAUUGGUUUAUGUUAACGCAUAUGCUGUAGGGCGAGAUCCCGAAUGCUGGGAAAAUCCAGAUGAGUUCUUUCCUGAGAGAUUCUUGAAUAGUGGAAUCGACUAUAAAGGGCAAGAUUUCGGGCUCAUUCCUUUUGGGUCGGGUCGAAGAAUGUGCCCUGGCAUGUCGAUGGGAUAUUUGACAACUGAACUUAUGGUUGCGAAUUUGGUUUAUGGUUUUGAUUGGGAAUUGCCUAAAGGAGUUCUUGCACAAGAUGUGGAUACAGAUGCAACGAAAGGACUUGCAGUGUUUAAGAAAAAUCCCCUUCUACUUGUGCCUAAAACAAUUAGGGUUUAGUGUGGAUUUUGUUGUUAUCAAAUGUACUAUUGCAUAUUAUGUUAUAAUAAAAGGGCAUGUGUUAAA